CAUCUUCUUCCCUUUCCUCUGCACCGGACUUAGUGACUAAAGAUCAUUGGCUCUAUGAAAUAUCUCUGGGGAACCACAGGUCCAACUUUGUGAAGCAGCAUCACUUAUCUGUGACACUUCUACAAGGCCUGAGGGAGAGAUGGCAGCAAUCAAGACUUGGGUAUUCUCUUUCCUGGUCCUUGAGGUCACCACUGUGCUGGGGAGACAGACGAUGCUUGCCCAGUCAGUGAGAAGAGUCCAGCCUGUGAAGAGGACCCCUAAGACCCUUGCCAAGCCUGCUGACUCCCAGGAGAGUCCUGGAGAGUGGACAACGUGGUUUAACAUCGACCACCCAGGUGGGCAGGGUGACUAUGAGCGGCUGGAUGCCAUUCGCUUCUACUAUGGGGAGCGUGUGUGUGCCCGUCCCCUGCGGCUAGAGGCCCGGACCACUGACUGGAUGCCUGCGGGCAGCACUGGCCAGGUGGUCCACGGCAGUCCCCAUGAGGGCUUCUGGUGCCUCAACAGGGAGCAGAGACCAGGCCAGAACUGUUCCAAUUAUACCGUGCGCUUCCUCUGCCCACCAGCUUGUGACCUGACCUGCCCCAUGGGCCAGGUAAAUGCUGACUGUGAUGCCUGCAUGUGCCAGGACUUCAUGCUUCAUGGGGCCGUCUCCCUCCCUGGAGGUGGCCCAGCUCCAGGAGCCACUGUCUACCUGCUGGCCAAGGCACCAAAGAUGCUGACCCGAACAGACAGCAGCGGGAGGUUCCGAGUUCCUGGCUUGUGUCCUGAUGGCAAAACCAUCCUGAAAAUCACCAAGACCAAGUUUGCCCCAAUUAUGAUCACGAUGCCCAAGACUAGCCUGAAGUCAGCCACCAUCAAUGCGGAGUUUGUGAGGGCAGAGACCCCAUACAUUGUAAUGAACCCUGAGAUGAAAGCACGUCGGGCUGGGCAGAGUGUGUCUCUGUGCUGCAAAGCCACGGGGAAACCCAGUCCGGAUAAGUACUUCUGGUACCACAACAACACACUGCUGGAUCCCUCCCUCUAUAAGCACGAGAGCAAGCUGGUGCUGAGGAACCUGCAGCAGGACCAAGCAGGGGAGUACUUCUGUAAGGCUCAGAGUGAUGCUGGGUCUGUGAAGUCCAAGGUCACCCAGCUCACUGUCAUUGCACAUGAUGAGACUCCUUGCAACCCAACCCCAGAGAGCUACCUUAUCCGGCUGCCCCACGACUGCUUUCAGAACGCCAGCAAUUCCUUCUACUACGACGUAGGCCGCUGCCCGGUCAAGACCUGUGCAGGGCAGCAGGACAAUGGGAUCCGGUGCCGAGAUGCUGUGGAGAACUGCUGCGGCAUUUCCAGAACAGAGGAGAGGGAGAUCCAGUGCAGUGGGUACACACUGCCCACCAAGGUGGCUGUGGAGUGCAGCUGCCAACGAUGCGCAGAGACACGGAGCAUCGUCCGGGGCCGAGUCACUGCUGCUGACAACGGGGAGCCCAUGCGCUUUGGCCAUGUGUACAUGGGGAAUAACCGCGUGAGUAUGACUGGCUACAAAGGCACCUUCACCCUCCACAUCCCCCAGGACACGGAGAGGCUGGUGCUCACAUUUGUGGACAGGCUGCAGAAGUUUGUCAACACAACCAAAGUGCUGCCCUUCAACAAGAAGGGAAGCGCAGUGUUCCACGAGAUCAAGAUGCUUCGGCAGAAAGAGCCCAUCACGUUGGAAGCCAUGGAGACCAACAUUAUCCCCCUGGGAGAGGUGAUUGGUGAAGACCCUGUGGCUGAGCUGGAGAUUCCAUCCAAAAGUUUCUAUAGGCAGAAUGGGGAGCCCUUCACAGGAAAGGUAAAGGCCAGUGUGACCUUCCUGGAUCCUCGGAACAUCUCGACGGCCACAGCUGCCCAAAGUGACCUCAACUUCAUCAAUGAUGAAGGAGACACCUUUCCCCUUAGAACAUAUGGUAUGUUUUCAGUGGACUUUAGAGAUGAGGCCACUUCCGAGUCACUUAAUGCUGGCAAGGUGAAGGUCCACCUUGACUCAACCCAGGUCAAAAUGCCAGAGCAUGUGCCGGCCAUGAAACUCUGGUCGCUCAACCCAGACACAGGACUGUGGGAAGAGGAAGGGGAUUUCAAGUUUGAAAGCCAAAGGAGGAACAAGAGGGAAGAGAGAACCUUCCUAGUGGGCAAUAUGGAGAUCCGGGAGAGAAGGCUCUUUAACCUGGACGUCCCUGAAAGCCGAAGGUGCUUCAUUAAGGUGAGGACUUACCGGAGCGAGAGGUUCCUGCCCAGUGAGCAAAUUCAGGGGGUUGUGGUCUCAGUGAUCAAUCUGGAGCCCAGAACUGGCUUCUCAUCUAACCCCAGGGCCUGGGGCCGAUUUGACAGUGUCAUCACAGGGCCCAAUGGGGCCUGCCUGCCUGCCUUCUGUGAUGAUCAGUCCCCCGAUGCUUACUCUGUCUAUGUCUUGGCAAGCCUUUCUGGAGAAGAACUAGAGGCAGUUGAGUCUUCUCCUAAAUUCAACCCAAAUGCAAUCGGUGUCCCUCAGCCUUACCUCAACAAACUUAAAUACCGUCGGACAGACCAUGAGGAUCCACGGGUCAAAAAGACGGCUUUCCAAAUCAGUAUGGCCAAGCCAAGGCCCAACUCAGCUGAGGAGAGCAAUGGGCCUAUCUAUGCCUUUGAGAACCUUCGGGCAUGUGAGGAGGCACCGCCCAGUGCAGCUCACUUCCGGUUCUAUCAGAUCGAGGGGGAUCGCUAUGACUAUAACACAGUUCCUUUCAAUGAAGAUGACCCUAUGAGCUGGACUGAAGACUACCUGGCAUGGUGGCCCAAGCCAAUGGAGUUCAGGGCCUGCUAUAUCAAGGUUAAGAUUGUGGGGCCACUGGAGGUGAAUGUACGAUCCUGUAACAUGGGAGGCACCCACCGGCAGACUGUGGGGAAGCUCUAUGGGAUCCGGGAUGUGAAGAGUACUCGGGACAGAGACCAACCUAAUGUCUCAUCUGCCUGCCUGGAGUUCAAGUGCAGUGGAAUGCUGUAUGACCAAGACCGUGUAGACCGCACAUUAGUGAAGGUUAUCCCCCAGGGCAGCUGCCAUCGAGCUAGUGUUAACUCGAUGUUGCACGAGUACCUGGUCAACCACCUUCCCCUGGCAGUCAACAAUGACACCAGUGAGUAUACUAUGCUGGCACCCCUGGACCCUCUGGGCCACAAUUACGGUAUCUAUACUGUUACUGACCAGGACCCUCGUACAGCUAAAGAGAUUGCGCUCGGCCGGUGCUUUGACGGCACUUCCGAUGGUUCCUCCAGAAUCAUGAAGAGCAAUGUGGGAGUCGCCCUGACCUUUAACUGUGCAGAAAGGCAGGUAGGCCGCCAGAGUGCCUUCCAGUACCUCCAAAGCACACCAGCCAGGUCCCCAGCUACAGGCACUGUCCAGGGAAGAGUACCAGCCAUGAGGCAACAACGGGCAAGCAGGGGUGGCCUACGCCGGCGUGGAAGCAUGGCCCCUCUGAGAUUUUCUGGUGUUGCUCAACAACCUCUGAGCAACUAAGUCUUGUGGUGCUUAGUCCUCUCUGUCCAUCUCAUGUGACAGCUGUCGUGAGACUGAUGCACACACUGUCACUUGUUAAUUUAAACUGGUUUGGUGCAGUUUGCUUCUUUGUGCCUUUACUUACUGUCUCUGCCUCGUGAUACUGAUCGGCACAGGGCCCCCACGAUGACAAAACAAAGAUUCCCCUCUU